AUGAGCAAAGAGCAGGAUCACCUUCCCUCUAAAAGAGACAACGAAAGCCCAGAGGCUCAUCAAUACCAGGCGGGUUCCAGCACCGACCGCCCAGAAGAUGAGUGGAAACAUCGCGAGCCCUAUCGUCUUCACGAGAAGAACGAAAACUUUCCCGUAAAAUGGGAGGGCCAGUGCCAUUGUGGAAAAGUCACAUAUCAGUUGAGUCGAGACAAGCCGUUGGCGGCCAAAUAUUGUCAUUGCACAACGUGCCAGAGAUUACACGGAGCGCCCUUUCAAUGGGCCGCCAUCUUCCAUAAAUCCGACAUCAAUUUCACAAACGGCCACCACGACCUAGGCUGGUACGAUCCCAGUGCCAAAUCCACCACCCACCACCUCCCUUGUAAGGUCUCUUGCGCGUAUUGCCGUGCCCCUAUCAUGGACGAAGGGCGGAACAUGAUCCUCCUUUUUCCACCUCUUAUCAAGGACAUCAACACCCCCGCCGGUCGAGAGGCUUUCCGACCAACCUGUCACAUGUUCUACACACAGCGAGUGGCAAACUUCAAGGGUGAUGGGAUCGUGAAAUGGAAUGGACUAGACAACAUGAGCGAUCUGUUGGACGAUGAUGAGAAUGUUUUGGUGAAAUGGGAGGAGAACAUGGACGACAAGAAGAUGGAGCAGAAGAAGAGGGAAUUUCUAGAGUUCACGCAACGCGAGCAGGUCAAAAGAGUGAAGAAGUCCGACGAGUAAACUUGAGGAGUGGGAGGCACUGAGCAUAUAUCUGUGAUUUUGACUUAGAUGUGAGAGCUGGUUCUCAGAGCUGGUACUCAGCAACAAUGAUGGUGACAUGUGAAGCAA